AUGUCAAGUGUGUUGAAUCCUUCGAGCCCGCAUUCCUGGGACCUUUGUUGCUCAUCAAGUUCAAAUAGAUCAUACCACCGGCCAACCCACCCCAUCGUCGGCCUGCUGGUCGGCCAGCUCUCUGUGGUCCUGCUGAUCGGCGCAUUCAUUAAAUUCUUCAUAUUCGGUGAAGCUCCCCCGUCGCCAUCUCGCAGCCAAACCCAUCGAACCAGCCAGCACAAGCGGUCGUACUCCAUACACGGUGCUAGAGACCUCAGCCCUCGAACGUUGAAAGAAAAGCCGUCUUCCAACGUACUCCGUCCCGUCCCUUCCUCGUCCACAAACACUCGAUCGAUCCUCCGGAAAACGUACUACAGUGCGAACCCUACAAACUUCCCUUCUAAACAUGGCCGUCAUAGGCCGCAUCAUUCCACUCACCAGCCGGAGUCACUAGACUGGUUCAAUGUCCUAAUUGCGCAAACGAUUGCUCAAUACCGGCAAACUGCGUAUAUUCUCAAAGAUUCUCCGACCGCGUCUAUCCUCGAGUCCCUUGCUACAACGCUAAACAACCCAGAGAAGAAGCCAUCGUUCAUCGAUGAAAUCACAGUUACGGAUAUAUCACUAGGAGAGGAAUUUCCAAUUUUUAGCAAUUGCCGGGUGAUUGCAAUUGACGAUCCCAAUUCUGAUGGCGGACGACUCCAGGCCCUAAUGGAUGUCGACUUGAGUGAUGAUAACCUUUCUCUGGCUAUUGAAACAAAUUUGGUUUUAAAUUAUCCAAAGCCAUAUUCGGCGAUUUUACCUGUGGCGCUCUCGGUCUCCGUUGUCCGCUUUUCCGGGACGUUGUGUAUAUCGUUUGUACCCGGGACGACGGAGUCUUCAACCAAUCUGACGCCAACAUCAUCAAACAUCGACACAAAUUUACGAUCAAAUGAACUUAGGGGAAAGACAGCCCCCCAGGAGAGCUCGACUACUGAUGAAGGGAGCCAAGGUGGCGCUACUAGCACCACAGGCAUACCGAAGACCAGUUUGGCAUUUUCCUUUCUCCCGGAUUAUAGACUUGAUCUAUCCGUUCGCUCUCUCAUUGGUUCUCGUAGCCGCCUGCAGGACGUACCCAAGGUUGCUCAAUUGGUGGAGGCUCGAGUACAUGCAUGGUUUGAGGAAAGAGUCGUGGAACCAAGGGUCCAGGUCGUGGCCCUACCGGGUAUCUGGCCCAGGAUGGGCCGGACCGGAGUGAGAGGACAGGAAGAGCAGCCAGAUGUAAGUUCCAGUGAUGCUGCUGGAGUAUCUGGCGCCAAAGUUAGCAUGCUCGGAUCCCGUGACACUGGAGCUGAAAUGCUGCAUGCCGCGAGGGAAGUCGAUGCCGAGGGCCUCAGGUAUCGGCGUAACCCUCCUCCAGGCGACAAAGGUUCUAGUUCCAAAUAUGCGCAACAAAAUCAGAGCAGCCGAGAACGGGGACGGGCAGACGAUCCGUUCAGGAUACCGGGGUCGCUUCCGGACGCUGUUCCCAUUACAUAG